ACUGUCUCCUUGUUCGUGGAAACUGGGGCUGUUGAGAAUUGCGAUCUCGAAUUCCGGUUCGACUUCAUUCAGUCGCCCUGCUGUGUCUCUUGUGUGUCUGUGCGCUGCCGCGUCAAAUUUUUGGCAACUAAAAAUCCCCGUCAUUUCUGGUUUUUGAGGCUCCCCCCCUCCCCCGAAAUCCCAUUCCCAACCCCGGCCAUGGCGGCGAGCGCAAAACGAAAGCAGGAGGAGAAGCACCUGAAGAUGCUCCGGGAAAUGACAAGCCAGCCUCCCAAUAGAAAGUGCUUUGACUGCGACCAGCGCGGCCCGACCUACGCCAACAUGACUGUGGGCUCGUUCGUCUGCACCUCUUGCUCCGGCAUCCUACGAGGCCUAAAUCCACCCCACAGAGUGAAGUCUAUCUCCAUGACUACCUUCACACAGCAGGAAAUUGAGUUCUUGCAGAAACAUGGCAAUGAGCUAUGCAAACAGAUUUGGUUGGGAUUGUAUGAUGACAGAUCUUCUAGCAUUCCUGACUUCAGAGAACCACAGAAAGUGAAAGAAUUCCUUCAAGAAAAAUAUGAAAAGAAACGAUGGUAUGUCCCUGCAGAACAAGCGAGGGUUGUCGCAUCGGUUCAUGCUUCCGUGUCGGGCUCCUCUGCCAGCAGCACGAGCAGCACCCCUGAAGUCAGACCGCUGAAGUCACUUCUUGGAGAGACUGCACCGGCACUGCACUUAAACAGAAGCACACCAAGCCAAUCUCCAGUGGUUAGUCAUGUGCAAGCGCAGCAACCGCAACAGUUCCAACAAGACAAGAAGCAGUUUGAUCUCCUCAGUGAUCUGGGAGGUGAUAUCUUUGCAGCACCUGCUCCAGCCCCAGCUCCAACCUCUCAGUCUACAGGCUCUGCAAACUUUGCAAACUUCGCAAAUUUCAACAGUCAUACAGCUCAGAGUAAUGCAAACGCAGACUUUGCAAACUUUGAUGCAUUUGGAAAUUCUAGUGCAUUGGGUAAUUUUGGAGGUUUCCCCACAGCGAGUCAGCUGCCGUUCCAGCCCCCGAAUACAGCGUUCAGAACGCUUUCAUCCAGCUGCAGUUUUGGUGAAUUUACUACAGCUUUUCCUCUUCAUGCAGCACACAGGGCGAGUGGACCGAUGAGCAACACUAGUUCUGCUCCAUCUGUGACAGCUGUGUCCGCUUCAAGUCAGCCUUCAUCUGUAGGAGGAGACAAAUAUGCUGCAUUGGCAGAGUUAGACAGUGUCUUUAGCGCCCCAGCACCUACCAGCAAUGUUUAUAACGCACCCAGCAAUGUUAGUAGCAACGUUUUCGGCCCAGUAACUGGUGCAAGUCAAGCACAGACACAGUCCGUGAUAUCCGGCAUCCCUGCAGGGUUUGGAGCUGCCACAUCAACAAAUCCUUUCAUGGCACCGAGUGCUGUUCCUUUAGCAUCUGCUCCAACCAAUCCAUUUCAGUCCAAUGGGAGAGCUGCAGCGGCAGCAGCAGGUGCAGGGUUUGGAGCUUUUGGGCAAGCGAAGCCUGGUGUAACCCCAUUUGGCCAGGUGAUGACAGCACCAGGAAUGUCUAGCAAUCCAUUCAUGGCUGGAGCUCUGCCAGGACAGUAUCCAUCUGGAAGCUCUUCUACCAAUCCCUUCUUGUAGCCCCUUAAUUGUCAGCUGGGGAAUAGGAUGUGGUCACGUGGCAUGUUCUGAGCCUUGUGCACUGUUGUCUUGUUUCACAAACUUUAACUUUAAACUCACAAAAAAAAAAAAAAAAAAAAAAAAAAAAAAAAAAAACCUCUGAAACUUUGUAAUUUUGAUUAAAGGGUGGGGGGGGGGGGGGGGGGGGGGAUAUGUGCAGAAGGCGGACAUAUUCUCUUUGAUAUCCUAUAUUUAACCUGUGAACUGGCAAACAAACCACAUAGCGUAUCAUGUAUGUUGAAAGGGGCUAAUAAAUUAUUGCAAAUACCACAUUCAUUAUGCUGCAGUUCUGUACAUAUUUUUCUUAGGAAAUUUAGCUAUUUGUGCAUAUCAGUAUUUGUAUCUUUAACACAUGUAUGUUAUGUGAAAAUGUUACUGGGAAAAGUGAUGGGCCACUCCAGGAUGCUGUAUCUAUUUGAUUAAUAAUCUUUAUUAUGUUGAACAGUAGGUUUGAAAAAAAAAAAGACUGUAUUCAGUUCCCAUGUAAAAAGGUACUUCUUUUUCUUUAUCUACUCUAUGAAUUGUUUGGCUAGAUCUUGAAAAUACAGUGGGGGGGGGGGGGGGGGGGCACAUUUAAUAUUAGAACAAAAGUUAAACUAAGACUACUUUUGUUGGGUGUUCCAAAAGUUUAAGUUAAGUGAAUGUGUACAUAUAUAAAUAUAUAUUAAAAUGGAUUUUAACUAAAAAAAA